AUGGAAAGGGCAGAGGAGAGGCCUGACUAUGUGCUAGUGUACGAGAAGGAGGAGGAUGGGAAUGGCCAGCUUCACAUUGAGCAGAGAUUGGACUUUCUCAGGGAGGUGAAAAAGACUGGACUUCUCCUGGAUCCUGAUGUGACUGACACAGCAGGGACUGAGGGACGAGGAAGCACAGAGAUGGGAGACCAACAGAAGAGGCAGGAAGUCAAAACUCAGAUCAUUAAAAUCUAUGCACCGUUUGAGAUCCUUAGCCAUGCAGCGGAGAAAAUGAGAUUGAAGAUGCCGUUGGCGAAGUUAAGAAGAGACAGUGGGGAAAAUUUGGACGGUGGAUUAUUUCGGAAGAUCAAAGUCUUCAGAACGAUUGAUGACUUUCGAAGAAAAUGUGUGUCAAAUGUGCAAAAUUAUUUUGAGACAGACAACGAAGAAGACUAUUACUGUGCACCUUAUAGACAUGACAAACAAGAUCUGUUCAAAGGAAUUGACCAAAAGGCCACAUUUUUUCGUCCUGGCGUGAGAUCUCUAAUUGUUCAUCACAUUCUGAAUCAUAUCCAAACACCCAUUGAAAAACAAAACGAGAAAGGAGAACCUAAUCAAGGAACAGAAAUGUGUUUACUUUUGCAAAGUUCUAAAGAGAAAGGUGGAGAGAAAGAAGAUGGAGCCAAAGAAAGUGUUCCCACUUUACCAUACUUGUUAAUGAAGAAAGUAUUUACAUCAGCCUACAUACUGCAUGAAGGGCCCAAAACCAUAUGUGAAGAGAAAACACAGAGAAAUUGUGAUCUACAUAACAGUUGGAACGAUCUUCUUAAUCUAUGGGCUAGAACCUACAGAUUGCAGCCAUUGUGGAAGAUUAGGAACUACUUUGGAGAAAAAAUUGCAUUUUAUUUUGCUGUGAUGGAACAUCUUUUACUACAGUUAGUUGUACCUGCGUCCAUUGGUUUGGUUGUUUUCAUCUUUGGCCUUUAUCACAGUGCAUUAUGUUACAAUGCCCACAAAGACAUGAACUCAUUCUUAUUUGGAUAUAAUUGUAGCAUCAUCUGUUCAACUCCAAAUAUAGCCUCAGAAGUGGCAGAUAAGGCAUUGGAUCCAAUUAGAGGUAUCUGUGACAAUGUUGCUCAAAGGAGAAGGAAUAUUGAACACAUUCUGAAUAAGACUUGUACCACUGAAGCCCACGAUGAUUGCAUUUUUCAAGUCCCUUCAGAUGAUACUGUUGAAGUACUCAAGUCCUCCUUUGACAAUGCUGCUACACCAAUAUUUGGGCUUAUUAUCUGCAUUUGGGGUACGGUAUUUUUGGAAAGGUGGAAAAAGAAGAAUGCAGAACUAAUAUACGAGUGGGAUGUUGAAAAUUAUGAAAACGAUGAAAUAGUCAGGCCUCAAUUUUAUAGAACAGAACCAGAUAGAAUUGAAGCCUUUUGCCCAGGCUACAGACGACAACUGAAACUUGCACUUUCACUUUCAGUUGGGAUUGUAAUGGUGGGCUGUGUAUUCAUCAGUGUCUUGGCAGUGGUAAUCUAUAAAACCUGGGUUAGAUUUCGAGUGACGACAUCUAAUUCGCUUGAAAAUCUCUUCUUAACUACUAUUAUUAGCUCAUUAUUCAAUGCACUAUCCAUUUUAGCUCUGGGAAAGGGGUAUCAGAAACUUGCAGUUAUAAUGACUAACUGGGAAAACCACAGAACUCAGACUGAAUACAAUGACGCUCUGAUUAUCAAGUUAUUUGCCUUUGAGUUUGCCAACAAUUAUUCACCUCUCUUUUAUAUUGCAUUUCUCAGAACGAACAAUGAACAAUUUUUCACAUUAAUUGGUUUGCCUGGCUUGGAGGAUAAUUGUGGAGAACUGAACAAUUGCAUGACAGAACUUUGUUUUCAAGUUCUAAUGCUGAUGAUCACCCACCCACUUCCAAAGUUUCUGAAAGAUGUUAUUGUACCGUGGGGAAAUCAUCUGCUAAGCAGAUUCUGUGGUAAUGCAAACAAAAGAUCCCAUCAAAAAGAAUACAGUACAGUGGAUGACUGUAUUCUCAGGGACUAUAACAAACCUGACCUUGGAGACUUCACACUGGAGGAGUACACUGAAAAAGUCAUACAAUAUGGUCUCCAGAUGCUUUUUGCUGUCUCAUUCCCACUGGGACCGUUUAUUUUCUUCUUAACCAUACUUUUCGAUAUACGCUUGGAUGCUAAACGACUGUUAUUAAUAUACAAACGUCCCAUCGCUCUCAUGGCUCAAGAUAUUGGUCACUGGUUUACAAUAUUGGAUCUAAUAAAUAACGUAGCUGUGGUGACCAAUGGCUGCAUCAUUGCAUUCACUUCAGAAUAUGGGAGGGAGAAGCUGUUAUAUGAAAAACUCAUCAUCCUGAUUGUGUUUGAGGCUGUUGUUUGCGUGCUCUUUAGGAUAGUUCUCUCAAUUUUGGCACUGAUGUUAAUGAGGAGAAUCUUUGCAAGGUUAACUGAGCAGAGAUCACAAAAAGAAAUGGAAAAUGACGAAAAGGCAAGACAAUAUAGGAAGUGCAUUAUGGUUGGAUUGGGUGCUGAAUGUAAUUCAACAGUGAUUCAGGCCUGUGAAAUCCUUAAUAUUGGCACCAAAUGGCAGAGUCGGGGCUAUACUGAGUCCUAUGCUAUGCUGGAGAUCCUGAUCAAGAAGAUGCAGAGGAGGAGAGAUAUCUAUGCAGAGAACCAGGAAACCCUUCAGGCAAAUUCCUGGAAGGUGAUAGGACCAGUUAGCUGUGAUGAUUGA